AGUCUCACAUGUGAUUUCACAAAUACUAGACACGUCUAGGAGCUGUUACCUUUCUUAGAGAAACCCAAGAGUUUACUGGUCGGUCGAGUAGGUGACAAUGGCUGAGGAUGCUAAAUUAUCGAAGUGGCUGGGUAGCUAUUAUAUGGUAACCCUUAAAGAACCGUUCGGCCAACGUCUUCAGGGAAUCCUAACUGGUCUUGUUCCUCAGCAACAUCUUACAUUAGACCAAGCUGUGGCAGUAGGCACAAAUCAAUUCUUCGGGCAUGUGGUCAUCAGCGCGAGCAAUGUUAACGAUAUUUCCCUAACCUCAAAUCCUACUUUCACAACUGCUGAAACUACGACUACGCCUACUUCAACAACGGCGCCCCCCUCGGCCUUCCAAGAUCCUGCAAUCUUGAGCUUGACUCCCAAAACGAGCACAGCUCCUCCCCGCGACCCACGUUAUCAUGCUCAACCAAAUAUUGUAGAGAAGCGAGAUCCUCCAGUCAUCCCGAAUCCUGCCGAUCGCUUGACAUACUCUUCCCCGGAUGAGGUGACCGAUGCAGCUACCACUACUACACUUAACGCCUCUACAGCGAGACUGCGAAUUUCCCCAACUCCUCAUUCCAGGCGAAACACCAUAACAGAGCACAGGGCCCAAACAGCUCCCACUAUACCUGACGAACCAUCCGACCCCCGAAAAGACAACCGUAAAAGCACACGAGGUCGGGGUCGACGCAGGAAUAAAAUGGCUGAUAGCAAUGGUUCCCCAGCACAGCAAACCAACCGAGGCCCGGGUUGGAGAGAGACGCCUAUCCUUGAAUCUACUAGGUCAUUUCAGCCGUUCGCAGCGCUAAAGAAGAGCCAGAAAAGUAGAGUAGAGGGAAAUAUCGAAAAUGGCUGGGCUUCGGAGGACGUUACGGAUGUGCAAGAAGCGGGAGACUUUGACUUUGAAGGCGGCCUUGCUAAAUUUGAUAAGAGAAAGAUAUUUGACGAAAUGAAAGAGCAAGAUCAAAUCGAUGAGGCCGAACGCCUGGUAUCCCACAACCGUCUCCCUCGGCCGAAGCCUGGAACGGCGGGCGGGAAGAAUCUUCAUUAUAGCGAGAAUGUAUUGGAUCUUCCCUCGUCAGCAUCCAAACCAAAAGACGCCCCUGGCGACUACUGGAAGAGUGAAGCCGAUGACGACCUUGCCAACGGAGGCGAUCGUGCUAGCGUAGUAGAAGGUAGCGGACGUAAUUCUCGGCUACGGGGAGACUCUCGAUUGUCCACGACCCGGCGUUCACAGUCUCGCAAGGCCAGCACCACAGCAAGUGUUGCUGGCUCGAGUCGAGUCAACUCAGGGGGUACCUCAACGCCUAGCGGGUUCUACACUGUUAGUUCUAAUCGUCGGAUCGAAGCCAUCGCCCACCUCCCGAUGCAGACGCUUGAGAAUGUGGCGCGUCACGAAUUUGGUUUUAGUGAGGACCUUUUAGCCGAAAAUGCAGGCCGCGGCAUCACAGAAGUCGUAAUGCGUGUUCUUGACGAUCCUGCCAUUAGACUUCGUGCUGCCGCCGCGUCGCCGCCAAGUACAACCACUAUAGUUGUUCUCGCUGGUAAUAAUAAGUCCGGAAUCCGUGCCUUAGCAGCUGCCCGCCACCUUCGAAACCAUGGGAUUAACGUCCUGGUGUGUGUGGUCGGCAUCGAGCGGGAGCGUGAGCUGUUGGAGGAUAUUAGGAAACAAGCUCGUCUCCUUCGCAACUUUGGGGGCAUCAUCUUCACCAAAUCGGAGCUUUUCGAGCACGUCAGCCAAGCUAGUAACACCUUAGAGACAGCUUCGCAAGGCUUCGUCACUCUAAUCAUCGAUGCACUCCUAGGACUCACAACACCAUUUGAAGAGCUACGAAAGUCGGACCAGGCCACUACAUAUGAACUUAUGGAAUGGUCAAACAGAAACGAAGCUUUUGUUAUGGCAAUCGAUCUACCAAGUGGUAUCGAACCUCAAACCGGCCGCGUCAACGUCAUCGACGGAGCUAAGCUCUACGUCCACCCCCGUUAUAUAGUUGCCCUCGGCGCACCGAAAGUUGGUCUAUUAAAGGCGCUAGAGUCGGGCGAUGACCGAGACAUCGGCAUGGUAGGGGAGUGGAAGCUAUACCUGGCUGAUAUCGGACUUGGUCCGGUUAUCUGGCGUAAGGUGGCGACUAAGAUCCGUCGCGGUAUCGAUUUCGACGAUAAAUGGGUGUUAGAGCUACGAUACCAACCUGAAAGAGAGGACGACUAGAUUACUUAUUUCUAUAUCCAACUCCGCACGAGGCCGGGUUGCAUAUAUGACGUGCUUGGUUAUUGCGGAAUAAGCGUAUAUCUGUCUUUACGCCGUUCGCAAUUGAGCAAGAGGCGUAAUUUGCUCUUAGCGGGGUUCUUUCUAGUCUAUACCUAAGGCUACAGCGUAAAUGGUAUAUUUACAGUCUACGACCGUCAUGAUGGAGGAAGAGGUUGAAAUCGAGGCUAG